AGAAGACAACAGUAACAAUAACACAAACAACGAAAAGUAAUCAACAACAACAAGAAUUCGCCAUGGAAAUGAUGGAAGAUGUACGCGAGGAUUUGUUGCCAGGAGCCGAGGAGGAGGCAGAAUUUGAACGUCUGUAUGCGGCACCCGCUGAGAUUGUGGCACUUCUAUCCAUAUUCUAUGGCGGCAUUAGCAUAGUGGCUGUCAUUGGCAAUACUCUGGUCAUUUGGGUGGUAGCCACCACCAGACAGAUGCGUACUGUGACCAAUAUGUAUAUUGCUAAUUUGGCUUUUGCUGAUGUCAUUAUUGGACUAUUUUGUAUACCAUUUCAGUUUCAGGCCGCUUUAUUGCAAAGUUGGAAUCUGCCUUGGUUUAUGUGCAGCUUUUGUCCAUUUGUCCAAGCAUUGAGCGUAAAUGUCUCCGUAUUUACAUUGACCGCAAUUGCAAUCGAUCGACAUCGGGCCAUCAUAAAUCCCUUGAGAGCACGUCCAACCAAGUUCAUAUCGAAGUUCAUAAUUGCUGGAAUUUGGCUAUUGGCCGUACUCUUUGCCAUUCCCUUUGCCAUAGCGUUUCGUGUGGAGGAAAUUAGUGAACGAAUCAAGGAAAACGAUAUUAUCUCAAAUGUUACCCGACCAUUUUGUACAAAUAAAAAUCUCUCUGAGGAUCAAUUGCAAACGUAUAGAUAUUCGUUGGUGUUUGUUCAAUACUUGGUACCCUUUUGUGUCAUCAGUUUUGUAUAUAUACAAAUGGCUGUCAGAUUGUGGGGCACACGAGCGCCUGGAAAUGCGCAGGAUUCACGGGACAUAACACUGUUGAAAAACAAGAAGAAGGUCAUCAAAAUGCUGAUUAUUGUUGUGAUUAUCUUUGGACUGUGCUGGUUGCCAUUGCAAUUGUACAACGUUCUGUAUGUGACAAUACCGGAAAUCAACGACUAUCAUUUCAUUAGCAUCGUUUGGUUCUGCGCCGAUUGGCUGGCCAUGAGCAAUAGCUGCUACAAUCCCUUUAUUUAUGGCAUCUACAAUGAAAAGUUCAAACGGGAGUUCAACAAACGUUUCGCCGCUUGUUUCUGCAAGUUUCACACAAGCCUGGAGCCUCACACAGAGCGCACUUUUUCUAUGCAUACACGUGCCAGUUCCAUUCGCUCUACCUACGCAAAUUCGUCAAUGCGGAUACGAAGUAAUCUCUUUGGCGUCGGUGGCGGUGGGCGAUAUCCAGUCAAUGGGAAAACAGGUAUGCCAGGUAUACAAUGGCAUAGAAAUGGUCAUAGCAGCAACGGGCAUGGGCAUGGGCAUGGCAGUGGCAGUGGCAAUGGCAAUGGCAACGGUAACAGCAAUCUGGUAAUAAGCCAAAGCAAAGGCAGCGGCAGCGGCAAUGCCAAUGGGAAUGGCAACCAUCAUCAUCAUCAGAGUGUGGUAACGUUUGGACCUACAGCAUUGCCACCAUGGCGACGAAAUAAUUUUAAGCCAUUGCAUCCGAAUGUCAUUGAAUGUGAGGAUGAUUUGGCAUUGAUGGAGCUGCCAAGUUCGACAACGCCACCAAGUGAGGAGCCAUCUUCGAGCGGUCUCGGUGCGGGCAAUGCUGGAGCUGGUGUACAAUUGGCAUUGCUAAAAGCGGAAUUACGUGAAAGUUCUAGCUGCAUUUGUGAGCAAGAGUUUGGUAGUCGAACGGAAUGCGAUGGUACUUGCAUAUUGAGCGAAGUAUCGCGUGUACAAAUGCCAAUUAUCAAUAUACCGGCAAGGACAGCUGGCGCUGGCGGAGAAGAUGAAGCGGAAGGUCAACCUCUAUGGCAACCGCUCUAAGUAACCAAACAAAACCCAAAAAAACAACAAAGAAACAAAAAACAACAACUAAAACGAAACGAAACAAAAUGUAGUGUAACAACUGUGAUUUCUGAUGUUAAUUAAAUUGUGAUUACAAAAAAACAAAAAUGCAAACGGUAAUGGCGAAUGUUGGCGUAUAUUGAUAGGAAUUUGAGUGUGUAAAAGCUGGUCAAAAAGAAAAAAAAAAUAUCAAAUGAUUGGUAUCGGCAUUUCGAUGGGCUAAGAGCCAAUUGUACAGUAUUAUUAAAUUUAAAUGGAAACUCUUUACAAUUAUAAGUAAAUUCAAUAUUGUCGCAAAAAUGUAUACUCGACAAUUUUUCAUAG